UACGAGAAAAUCGAAAGGGAUUUUCAAGAGUUCUUUAGAAGGGUUGGCAAACAGAGCUGGCGAUGUUACUUUUUAUGAACGCAAGGGUCCUUCUGUUCUUUGUUCGAUCUCGUUCUAAUCAAUUCAACAUCACGAUCACAACGACGAGAAAAACGACGUAAUCGUUUUCGACGAUUAACAUUCGAGCGAUAAGUUUUGCUCUAGGUUUUUUCAAGAAUAAUCCUUCUUUCCUCCUUUUCUUUUCGUUUUUUCUCUUCCCAAGAUUUUUUCUUUUUCGUGAUCCUUUGAUCAUUAUUGACAUGGAAGUACCUACUUUCUCGGAACUCGGUAAAAAUGCACGAGAUGUCUUUAAAACAGGCUAUUACUAUGGCAAAGGUAUCUUUAAAUUGAACGUCAAAUCGAAAAAAACUGGUAUAUUCGAAAUGUCCAGCGAUUUGACCCUAAACGUUGAUGUUAUGAAGUUGGAUGGUCUCUUAGAAACUAAAUAUAAAACUGACGACUACGGAAACUUCAUACAAAGAUGGACGACCGACGGAACAGCUUCUAUAGGCUGCGAACUGUCUGGGAAAAUUAUUGAAAAUAUCAGCAUGUUAUCCGAAUUCUUCUAUAAUCCGCAAACUACAUUUAAAGGCAUGAGACUCGAUACAAAAUACAUCAACGAUAGGGUCAAUGGAAUUGUUUCGUUAGCUAACGAUAACUUCGACUCGAACUUGAAUCUUUACGGUGCAAUUGUUAUGAAGUUCAAGGAGAUCUUCUUAGGUUACCAAUGUGGUUACAAGACAGCUACGAAAGAGCUUACAAAGAACGACAUCGGAUUAGCCUUCGGCUAUCAGGACACUUUCUUCCAUUUGAGAUGCAAUUCGAUACCACGCGAGUUUGGUUGUUCUAUCUUGUAUAAAGUUAAUUCCGACUGGGACAUCGCGGUGAAUGGAAUAUCGUCGAAUAGCGGGAACUGGAAUGAGUGGAUGGUUGGUAUAGCAGCAAAAUACGCGGUAGAUGAAGAAUCGAUUCUACGGUUAAAGAUAAACAGUGCCAUGCAAUUGGGUACGAGCUUGCAGCAAAAGUUGAACGAGAAUACGAUGAUCUCGUUAUCGUUUUGUUUCGAUUGCAUGAAUAUUAACAGAGGCAAUCACAAAGUCGGCUUGGCGCUCGACGUCGAAGCUUGAGAAGAUGAUAACGUUAUUGAAUAUUUUGAGAUAUGAUUUUACUAUCAUGGUCACAGUCUCAGUCGUCAUCAAUUUUUUUUUUACACGAGUCCAUCGAACUUUCGGAUUUUCGUGUCAUUUUUCUGGCGCGUAAUACGAACGUAUUGCUUGUAAUAAUACAAUAAUAAUGAUAUUAUUUAUAAUACCUUUUGUAGAUAUUCUGUUCUUCUUAAGAACGAAGACGAAUAUCUUUGUCAAUGAAUGAAAGAAUGAAUGAAAGGAUGAAAUUAUAUUUAUUAUCUAACAACUCUUAUAUUGUAAAUUAAUAAGACCGAAUUCAAUACAUUUUCAAGCAACGCUGUUUAUUAUGAAAUAUCAUUGUUAACAUAAAAACUUAUUCGAUAUGGAUGGAUACUACUAUAAAUGUUUUUGCAUGGAUUAAUGCAGAACGAUAAAAUGAAGAGCGAUUUGCUUUCGUAUAUACUUAUCGCGGAUACGAUCGAUGAAUGAGGGUUCUUUCGACAUACGCGAGAUAAUAAUAAAUCAGGAAAUUAACGGUGUCAUUGUAAUUUCAUAUUUUCGUACAACUUGAAAUGCAGGAUUACCAAGUUUAUAUUUAUAUCCUUUUCUUUUUUAAGACGAUAAGAUUAAAAGUAAAAAGAAACCUAAAAGAUUAGGAGAUUAUUCGUAAUAAAUAACAUCAUUCAUCUCUAUUACAUUUAAAAAGAAUCAGUUAUUUAUACAAAUAUUAAGUAUCUUGUCAAGAAAAAAGCAAGACUUUAUAGUUUGUCGAUAAUGUUACUUACGAGUAUUAUAAGAAAUUUCUUCGAGCUUCUGAGACAGACGUUUCAUUCACAAUAUGUAUUACAGAGUCUUAAUUUAAACAUAGGAGCUUAAAGGUCUACUUAUAUACGUGCUGUAGCUAUUCCAUUUACAAACAUUGUCUGACAGUAAAUGCGUAAAUAUUUAUAUAUAAUCGCGUCGUGGCAAUUCCACUUCCGAACAUUUAUAUAUGAUCGGGGAUCGUUCGUGAAUGUACUGAUUAAUUUGAAGUCAGAUAUUAUAGCAUUAUGCACAGAUAAAACACAUUCAGACAGAUAUAUAUGCAAGUACGAGCCGUGGCACUUCUCCGUUGUGAAAUCGGUAAACAAGGAAAAUAUUGAUGGCUAUCAAAUAUAACCGGAGGAUGUGCGAGUCACAAAUAAUGAGAGAUGCAGCACGGAUGAUGUAUAUAUAUAUAUAAAACUAUAGUAACCAAUUCGUAUCCGAUACACGGCUUGGACAUGGAACGGCUACGACACGGUUGUAUAUAAAUGGACCUUAAAAGGUUUUUUGUUGAUAGAUGAUAUUCGUAAAUAACAUUAUCGACAAAAUUCAGAGUGAUACCUAUUUUUAGAUAUAAAAUAUUUAAUAAACAUUUUAUUGAUUUUUUCGAUUUUACAAACAAAGAAUUUAAGAAAUGAAUUAUAUUGUGUUUUUGUAAGUAUUAUUAACAAUGACAAAUUGUUCAAGUUGGACGAUCUCGAACUUAUUUCUUUAUAUAU